GGCUCAUGGUUCACUGCUGCAAUUUGCCAGAAUGAUCAAGUGCACCCAGCCUGAAGUCAACCCCUUCAUGUAUAAUAACUACGGCUGUUGGUGUGGCUUGGGGGGGACUGGAAAUCCAAGGGAUGCGCUGGAUGGGUGUUGUGAGGUCCACGACCACUGCUAUCAAGCGAGCAGGCAUCUUCCAGAUUGCCGUCCCGUCAUUGAUUAUCCUUACAUCAAUCUGUAUAGAUUCUCUUGCACUAAUGGGCAGGUCUCCUGUUCAGCCUCCAGCCACGUGUGCCAGAUCUCAGUGUGUGAGUGUGAUCGUGUCGCCACCAACUGCUUCGCCCAGUCGACCUACAACCCUAAGAACAAGAACCUGGACCCCAAAGUCCACUGUCUCUCCUGAGCCAAGUCAAAUCUGGAAGCAGCACCAACAUCUGAAACUAAAUAUGUAAACACAACUGUAGAUUCACAGAAUGUUUAUGAAUCCUGUUUCAUGCAUAAUGUGUGCCAUGUUUGCUGGAACAAUUUA